AUGUUUCGCGCUCCUCAAAAUUCAUUUGAUGAUGCCGUCGCCAAGGCGACGGACGAGAAUCUCACCUCGGAGAAUUGGGAGUACAUUUUGGAUGUUUGCGACAAAGUAGGCGCGGAAGAGACUGGAGCGAAAGAUGCCGUCGCAGCAAUGAUCAAGAGACUGGCGCAUCGGAACGCCAAUGUGCAACUUUACACUCUCGAGCUCGCAAACUCGCUAUCGCAAAACUGUGGCGCCAAAAUCCAUCGUGAGCUGGCCUCGAGAAGUUUCACUGAUGCGCUUUUGCGCUUGGCAGCGGAUCGCAACACACACCAGCAGGUGAAAUCAAAGAUCUUGGAGAGGAUGCAGGAAUGGUCGGAAAUGUUCUCUGCCGAUCCCGAUUUCGGGAUCAUGGAGCAGGCAUACAUGAAGCUGAAAACUCAAAAUCCCAAUCUUCAACCUCCAUCGAAACCGGUCAAGAGCGCGAUGACCGACAUUGACCGACAGAAGGAGGAGGAGGAAUUGCAAAUGGCACUGGCUUUGUCCAUCAAGGAAAAAUCGUCAGCGACAUCGGCUCCAUCUGCGUCCUCGUCGGCCGCGCCAAAUACCUCCUCUUCCGCCGCCGCUCCGGCUGCUACAAAUGUUGCAGAGGCUGCUGCUUCUCAGCCUGUGCCCUCAGGUACCUCUGCCGCCACCGUGUCGCGUGUAAGAGCGUUGUUCGACUUCCAGCCUUCCGAGCCAGGGGAGCUUCAGUUCCGAAAGGGUGACAUCAUCGCUGUUUUGGAGUCGGUCUACAAGGAUUGGUGGAAGGGUUCUCUUCGUGGACAGACAGGCAUCUUUCCUCUAAACUACGUGGAAAAGCUUCCUGAUCCCACGGUGGAUGAACUACAGCGCGAGGCCCACAUGGAAGCUGAGGUGUUUGGUCAGAUCAAGAACGUCGAGAAGCUUCUCACGCUGUUGAGCACCCGCAGCUCUGAUCUGAACGUCCAGGAGAAUGAAGAGAUCACUACUCUCUACCACUCGACUUUGGCAAUUCGACCUAAGCUGAUUGAGCUUAUUGGGAAGUAUUCCCAGAAAAAAGAUGAAUUCACGCAAUUGAACGAAAAAUUCAUCAAGGCCCGCCGCGACUAUGAGUCUCUUCUCGAGGCCUCGAUGGCUCAUCCCCCGCAAUCUCAGUACGGACGUCCUCCGCAACCAUCAUAUGGCUAUCCUGGCGCGGCUCCUGCUGGGUACCCGCAGGGUCCUCCUCCCCACGUAGGCCCUCAGCCGGAUCAGCGUUACUUCACCCCUCGGCCUCAAGGUAUGUAUCGUUUCGAGUCCUUCCACAGAAAUCAUUCGUUGACAGAAGACCAAGACGCGCAAACCCCACAACCGCCUCCAAACGCGUAUUACGGUGCCGAGCAAUCGAUCCCAUACCGGCCUGCAUCUCAGUCCCCCGACCCGCGUACCCAAUUCCCUGGUGCUGCUCAGCCUGAGCCUUAUCAACCAGUGCAUCAUCGCCCUCAGUCGACGUACGACUCCCCACAGGAACUUGGUACAUCUAUUUACGACUCGCCCGUUGAGCCAACGGCCGCUCAUCAGCGUCCCUCCUUUUCAGGGCCAGGAUCAGCUCCUCAAAAUGCCCACCAACAGUUCCAGCAACCGCCACCGCCGCAAGAGCACAGUGCUCCGGCAUAUCCAACCGAGGACCUAGCAGCCUCGGCGCCUCCGCCAGGGAUGAACUCGCAAACACAGCACCAGUACCCACCUCAACCACAGACUCACCCAGCUCCUUAUCCGAAUUCGCCAUCGCACCAACAAGCAGUACCUUCUCACCAACCGCCCCCUAUCCCUGGCUCCGCGGGUCAGCCCACACAGUAUGCUGCGUUUAACCCAGCUGCUUCGGCGCCGCCGUCUGCAGAAUAUCAGGCUUACCAGCCAUCGCAGCCUGGCGCGCCCGCGUCCAACCCCGCUUCGUUCUACCGUUAG